AUGGUCUCAGCUUGGUUCGUUGCGAGGGUUUCUGUGGCAUUUGCGCCCUUGGCCAGCGUCGUCGCUCAGUAUGCUACACCUCCAGUGCUGCCUGAGCUCUUGGAUGCAACUGGAGACGAACUUGUCUCUGGGCUAGAAGCCGGCGACUUCACGAGUCUGGAUCUGGUUCAGGCCUACGUAGGACGUAUACUCGAGGUCAACUCGACCCUUCAUAUGGUCACCGAGAUCAACCCAGAUGCCUGGAAGAUAGCAAAGGAGCUGGAUGAGGAGCGUGCGUGUGGCAAGAUUCGAGGCCCUCUUCACGGACUUCCGAUUCUCAUCAAGAACAACAUCGCCACUGCCGACGAGAUGAACAACACCGCUGGCUCGUUUUCGUUACUUGGAGCCAAGGCUCCCCGCGAUGCAACAGUUGCUGCCAAACUCCGUGCUGCAGGUGCGAUUCUUCUCGGCAAGACCAAUCUGUCUCAAUGGGCCAACUACCGCUCUGCAAACUCAUCCAACGGAUGGUCUGCCUACGGUGGCCAGACGUACGGUGCUUACUAUCCUGGUCAAGAUCCCAGCGGCAGCAGCAGUGGAAGUGGUGUUUCAGCCAGUCUAGGCUUGGCGUUUGGCACUUUGGGCACAGAGACUGAUGGCAGCAUCGUGUCACCAAGCGAGUUGAACAACGUUGUUGGCAUCAAGCCUACAGUCGGCCUGACUAGUAGAGCCCUGGUGAUUCCCAUCUCAGAACACCAGGACACCGUUGGACCGAUAGCUCGUACCGUCAAAGACGCCGCUUACAUCUUGCAAGCCAUUGCGGGCCCGGACCAGUACGACAAUUACACCUCCGCCAUUCCGUGGGCUUCCCACUCUACCAAUGCGACUGUCCCGAACUAUGUCGCGGCUUGCAAGCUCGACGCUCUUGCUGGCAAGCGCAUCGGUAUCCCACGCAACGCCCUCGGUUCCCGCAAUGUCAUAUCUGCGCCCAUCUUCGAUGCUUUUGACGCCGCUAUUGCCGUCCUGCGUGAGGCCGGCGCCAUCGUCGUCGACAACACAAACUACACUGCCUACGCUGCCUAUCUGAACUCCACAGCUGAGAACAUUGUCCUUGCCGGCGACUUUGGCCCGAACCUUGCUGCCUAUCUCGCGCAAUUGACAUACAAUCCCACCGACGUCAAUGAUCUCGAGGAGGUACGCAACUUCACGCAAACCUUCCCUGCUGAGGAAUACCCCAGCCGCGAUACUGCGGUCUUCGACACCGCGCUUGCUCUGAACUUCACCAACACGAGCCCUCAGUUCUGGGCCGCCUACCAGGAGGAUCUCUUUCUCGGCGGACCAGGCGGCAUCCUCGGUGCGCUGGCAAACUACAAUCUCGACGCUGUUGUGGUGCCCACGUUCACCGCAUCAUCCAUCUCCGCCAUCAUCGGCGCUCCCAUCGUCACCGUUCCUCUCGGGGCCUAUCCGUCCAACACGACCGUCAUCCCGAACGCACGGGGAAAUCUGAAUGCCACCGCGCCCAACAUUCCGUUCGGUAUUGCGUUUGCGGGCAAGCACUGGAGUGAGGAGAGCCUGAUUGGCUUCGCGUAUGCGUACGAGCAGCGGACGCAUGUCAGGACAAAAGUGAAGCCGUAUGUCCAGCCCAGCAUCGAGUUGGCUGGUGUUUUGGGAAACAAAACAAGCAAAGUCUAA